AUGAUGAAAUCAUGUCUAAUCCUGGCGCUGAUGUUCCAGUGUGCUCUUGGGGCCUGUUGGCUUGGCUGGGUGGAAUUCAAAGGAGUUUGCUACAGCUUCAACCCUGACUAUCAACCGUGGCUGAGCGCUCAGGCUUCGUGUAAACUGUACGGUGCCCGACUGAUUCAAGUCGAUAGCAAAGAGAAACAGGAGUGGUUGGUGAAAACGCUGAAAGAGAAAAAUCUCGACGGUGUUUGGAUUGGCGGUACUUGCAGACUCCACCAGUCGACGUGGUUUUGGAUACCAAGUUAUAAACCAAUUAAAAAUUACACUAACUGGUCAGCCGGACAACCUAGCAGCCCCAGUACCGAGCAGUGCAUACAGGUCUAUUCUUACUACCAGUACAAAUGGAACGACCUCUCUUGUCAGACAGCCUUGCAAUAUGUCUGUGAGAAGAUUGGAACCACAAAAUUGCAUUUUUAA